AGCUGAAGGGGUUACGGUGCUGGGGUGCGGAAGUCCCUUGGGGUGUCCCCACUGCAGGACACAGCAAAGUGAGCCGAAUGAUGGCUCUGGGGUGCACAGGGAAUGAGCUCCUUGGAUGGUGCAUUGAGGAUGCCAGCAGCGGGAUGCUCUACAAGCGGGGACAGCUCCUGGGAGAGGGUGCCUUUGGGCGCUGCUACCAGCUGACGGAGGUGGCCAGUGGCAGGAUCUACGCAGCGAAGGUCAUCCCACGAGCCCAGCUCACUGCAGUGGGCAUCAGAGAGAGAGUGAGUCCAAGGAGGGGGGACAGAAUGUCCCAAAGGAGGGAGGACAGUGCCCAGAGGGACCCUGCUGAGCCCCAGAGCCCUGCCCUUGCCCUUCUCCCUCGGUCCCUGGGUUGCUGGGUGGAGCGGGAACAGGAACUGCAUGGCCGCCUGCACCACCGGCACAUUGUCUGCCUCCAUGGGCACUUCGCUGACCGCCACCAUGUCUACCUGCUGCUGGAGUACUGCAGCCGGAGGUCCCUCGCCAACAUCCUGCGGGCCCGGGGUAGGCUGACGGAGCCAGAGGUGAGGUACUACCUGCUGCAGGUCAUCUCAGGGCUGCGCUACCUCCAUGGACAGGGCAUCGUCCACCGGGACCUCAAGCUGAGCAACUUCUUGGUGACCAAGAAGAUGCAGGUGAAGAUCGGGGACCUGGGGCUGGCGCAGCAGAAGGCACCGGCUGGCCGGCGCUGGGGGGUGCUCUGUGGGACACCCAGCUUCCUGGCCCCGGAGGUGUUGGACCGCAAGGGACACGGGGUGCCCUCGGAUGUGUGGGCCCUGGGCUGUGCCAUGUAA